GAAUUGGCCUCGCGCUACUCGAGUUCUGGGCUUAAUGUGCUUCUCGCAGAUCCCCACGUUUCUCAUGGCAUAGAUCCCGAAGCUCGUGCUCUCGAGGCCAAAUAUACCGGCAUCACAUUGCUAUUACUCUCAGUCUUUCAUCAACUCGCCAACUUAUCGGCUCGCAUAUUUCCCCGACGCUCAUUGAGUACUUGUCUUAAAUGCAUUGUCACAGGCACUGACUCAAUUGCCUCAGCCGAAUCAGAUCCAUCCAUCCGCAAUCAGCAAAGGGCUUUGCUUUUUAAAGACCUGGCUCUUGUACCAUCCACAAUGGAUCCAGAACGCCUUAUUGGAGAUAUUAUACCCACUGAUGAUGGUUUGGUCCGUUCCAAGCUAAAUCAGGAUCGUCUCCUACGGCAGGAGUUGCUAUGGCGGAUAAGUGAGCGCUGGACACGCCUUGAUAGCCAUCCCAAAGCAAUGCCAGUACCUCCACGGACAACUAUGCUUGCUCUGCAGGCUACCAAGGGCCAAUAA